AUGGCAGCCCGCGCAGCAAAGAACAAGCCUCCGGUCUACGUCCUCGGUGUAGGCAUGACCAAAUUCAUCAAACCACGAGGCAAAGUCGACUACACCGAGCUCGGCUUCGAAGCAGGCGUCAAAGCCAUGCUGGACGCCCAAGUAAACUACGACGAAAUGGAUGCCGGUGUCGCCUGCUACUGCUACGGCGACUCAACCUGCGGCCAGCGAGUCUUCUACCAAUUCGGCAUGACCCAAAUCCCCAUCUACAACGUCAACAACAACUGCUCCACGGGCUCAACAGGUCUCCACCUCGCUCGCACCAUGUGUGCCGGCGGGAUGGCAGAUGCUGUCCUCGUUGUUGGAUUCGAGAAGAUGAACCCAGGAUCUCUGCAGUCGUACUUCCUGGACCGCGCGAAUCCUACCGGCACGACUGGUAUGAUGAUGCAGCAGACUCGCGGAAGGACGAAUGCGCCUGAGGCUGCGCAGCUCUUCGGUAAUGCAGGACGGGAGUACAAGGAGAAGUUUGGUGCGAAGAACGAGGAUUUCGCGGAGAUUGGGAGGAUUAACCAUGAGCAUUCGAAACGCAACCCGUACUCGCAGUUUAUGGAUGAAUACACACUGGAGCAGGUUAUGGGAUCGACUAUGAUUCACGAGCCAUUGACGAAGCUUCAAUGCUGCCCUACGUCCGAUGGUGGUGCUGCCGCUGUUGUUGUUUCCCAGGCAUUCCUUGAUGCACGCCCACAUCUCAAGGAGCACGCUAUCCUCAUCGCUGGCCAGACUCUCGCUACCGAUGCUCCAUCGCUCUUCUCGCAGUCCGCCAUCGACCUUAUAGGAUACCACAUGACCGAGUACGCCGCCAAGACCGCAAUGGAGGAGGCCGGCGUCAAGCCAGAGGAUGUCAAGGUCUGCGAGUUGCACGAUUGCUUCUCCGCGAACGAGAUGUGCACAAUCGACGCAAUGGGACUUUCACCUAAAGGAAAGGCACACGAGAUGGUCCGAAACGGCGACAUUACAUACGGCGGAAAGAUGGUCAUCAACCCAUCCGGCGGCCUCAUCUCGAAGGGCCACCCACUCGGCGCAACAGGCCUUGCACAAUGCGCUGAGCUCGUAUGGCAUCUGAGAGGAUGGGCCAACAACAGACUUGUUCCAGACACAAGUGUUGCGCUUCAGCACAACUUGGGUCUUGGUGGUGCUGUGGUUGUCACAGUGUACAAGAGGACAGACGGCAAGGCCGCUCCAAAGGUCGACGAUGCAGCGGUUGGCAAGCAGAAUAAGUUGGGCUACAACCCAGCGACCGAGGCGAAGGGCUUCACGAAGGCACAGGUGGAUAGUGUGAGGAGUAAGAAGAUGAGGAGUGAGUGGGCGCUGCAGGAUAUCGAGAAGAAGGUUGAGUCGAGGUUUUAA